UAGGAAUUGGUAAAUUUGAUUGCUAACCAUCAGGUAACAGUAAUAAGUGGUGAAACUGGUUGUGGAAAAACCACUCAAGUUACUCAGUUCAUUUUGGAUAACUACAUUGAAAGAGGAAAAGGAUCUGCAUGCAGGAUAGUUUGUACUCAGCCAAGAAGAAUCAGUGCCAUUUCAGUUGCAGAGCGAGUGGCUGCAGAAAGGGCAGAGUCUUGUGGCAAUGGUAACAGUACUGGAUACCAAAUUCGUCUCCAGAGUCGGUUGCCCAGGAAACAAGGUUCUAUCUUAUACUGUACAACAGGAAUCAUCCUUCAGUGGCUCCAGUCAGAUCCGCAUUUAUCCAGUGUGAGUCACAUAGUCCUUGAUGAAAUCCAUGAAAGAAAUCUACAAUCAGAUGUUUUAAUGACUGUGAUUAGAGAUCUUCUCACUUCGCGACCUGAUCUGAAAGUAGUAUUGAUGAGUGCCACAUUGAAUGCUGAGAAAUUUUCAGAGUAUUUUGGUAAUUGUCCAAUGAUACAUAUACCUGGCUUUACUUUUCCGGUUGUGGAAUAUCUUUUGGAAGAUAUAAUUGAAAAAGUAAAGUAUGUUCCAGAACAAAAAGAACACAGAUCCCUGUUUAAAAGGGGUUUCAUGCAAGGGCAUGUAAACAGGCAAGAAAAAGAAGAAAAAGAAGCAAUCUAUAAAGAACGUUGGCCUGAUUAUAUAAGGGAACUGCAAAGAAGGUAUUCUGCAAGUACUGUAGAUGUUUUAGAAAUGAUGGAUGAUGAUAAAGUUGAUCUGAAUUUGAUCGCUGCCCUUAUCCGAUACAUUGUUUUAGAAGAAGAGGAUGGUGCCAUAUUGGUUUUUCUGCCAGGCUGGGACAAUAUCAGCAGUUUACAUGAUCUCUUGAUGUCACAAGUGAUGUUUAAAUCAGAUAAGUUUCUUAUUAUACCUUUGCAUUCACUGAUGCCUACAGUUAACCAGACCCAGGUAUUUAAAAAAACCCCUCCUGGUGUUCGGAAAAUAGUAAUUGCUACCAACAUUGCAGAGACUAGCAUUACCAUAGAUGAUGUAGUUUAUGUGAUAGAUGGAGGGAAAAUAAAAGAAACGCACUUUGACACUCAGAACAACAUCAGCACAAUGUCCGCUGAGUGGGUCAGUAAAGCUAAUGCCAAACAAAGGAAAGGCCGAGCUGGAAGAGUUCAACCUGGUCAUUGCUAUCAUCUGUACAAUGGUCUGAGAGCAAGCCUUCUAGAUGACUAUCAAUUGCCAGAAAUUUUGAGAACUCCUUUGGAAGAACUUUGUUUACAAAUAAAGAUUUUAAGGCUGGGUGGAAUUGCUUAUUUUCUGAGCAGAUUAAUGGAUCCACCAUCAAAUGAGGCAGUAUUGCUCUCCAUAAAGCACCUGAUGGAACUGAAUGCUUUGGAUAAACAAGAAGAAUUGACACCUCUUGGAGUCCACUUAGCACGAUUACCAGUUGAGCCACAUAUUGGAAAAAUGAUUCUAUUUGGAGCUCUGUUCUGUUGCUUAGAUCCAGUGCUCACUAUUGCUGCUAGUCUCAGCUUCAAAGAUCCCUUUGUCAUUCCAUUGGGAAAAGAAAAGAUUGCAGAUGCAAGAAGAAAGGAAUUGGCAAAGGAUUCUAGAAGUGAUCAUCUGACAGUUGUGAAUGCUUUUGAGGGCUGGGAAGAAGCUAAGCGACGUGGUUUCAGAUAUGAAAAGGACUAUUGUUGGGAAUAUUUUCUGUCUUCAAACACACUUCAGAUGCUGCAUAACAUGAAAGGACAGUUUGCUGAGCAUCUUCUUGGAGCUGGAUUUGUAAGCAGUAGAAAUCCUAAAGAUCCAAAAUCUAAUACAAAUUCAGAUAAUGAGAAGAUCAUUAAAGCAGUUAUCUGUGCUGGUUUAUACCCUAAAGUUGCUAAAAUCCGGCCAAAUUUGGGUAAAAAAAGAAAAAUGGUUAAAGUGUACACAAAACCUGAUGGAUUAGUUGCCAUUCAUCCUAAAUCUGUUAAUGUGGAGCAAACAGACUUUCAUUACAAGUGGCUUAUCUAUCACCUGAAGAUGAGAACAAGUAGUAUAUACUUGUAUGACUGCACAGAGGUUUCCCCAUACUGUCUGUUGUUCUUUGGUGGUGAUAUUUCCAUCCAGAAGGAUAAUGAUCAAGAAACUAUUGCAGUAGAUGAAUGGAUUGUCUUUCAGUCUCCAGCAAGAAUUGCCCAUCUUGUUAAGGAAUUGAGAAAGGAACUGGAUGUCCUUCUGCAAGAGAAGAUCGAAAAUCCUCAUCCUGUAGACUGGAAUGACACUAAAUCCAGAGACUGUGCAGUGCUUUCCGCUAUUAUAGAUUUGAUCAAAACACAGGAAAAAGCAACUCCCAGGAACUUUCUGCCACGACUCCAGGAUGGGUAUCACAGCUGA